CAGACCGCGGUACAAGAUGGCGGCGCGCUGGUCGCGUCGUGCUUGCGUUCGUUACUAGGGGUGUUGGGCUCUUGAAGCGGUGGCAGCGGCGGCGCUGAGCUUGUGGCCGGGAUUUCCUCAAUUACUUGGAAAAAGUGGAAACACUCAAGGAUAUAGUGAAACCAGAGUUGGGAAUCAGUUUGCUUAGACAACAAACCACUGCUUCUCUGCCCUCAUCAGUUGAUUCCAGGAAGAUGAUCAUCAUCUUACUAUAAUAACUUAGGAAAGCACAUGAUACUGAAUCUUAUCACUUAAAGAUAAGAUACUCCAAAAAAGGAUGGCUUUGAAUAAAUCAAUGCAUGCAAGGAACAGGUACAAGGAUAAGCCUCCAGAUUUUGCAUAUUUGGCAUCCAAAUAUCCAGAUUUUAAGCAGCAUGUCCAGAUAAAUCUGACUGGAAGAGUAAGUCUUAACUUCAAAGACCCUGAAGCUGUCCGAGCUUUGACUUGCACUCUCUUAAAGGAGGACUUUGGACUUUCCAUUGACAUCCCACUGGAAAGGCUCAUUCCUACAGUUCCACUUCGACUCAACUACAUCCACUGGGUAGAAGAUCUGAUUGGCCCUUGGGACCCAGCCAGGAGUGCUCUCCGCCGGGGGAUUGACAUUGGUACAGGAGCAUCAUGCAUCUAUCCUUUACUUGGAGCAACUCUCAAUGGCUGGUAUUUCCUUGCAACAGAAGUGGAUGAUAUGUGCUUUAAUUAUGCUAAGAAAAAUGUGGAACAGAAUAGUUUAUCUGAGCUCAUAAAAGUGGUUAAAGUACCACAGAAGACACUCCUAAUGGAUGCUCUUAAAGAGGAAUCUGAGAUCAUUUAUGAUUUUUGCAUGUGCAACCCUCCCUUUUUUGCCAACCAGUUGGAAGCCAAGGGAGUAAACUCUAGAAAUUCUCGUAGGCCUCCUCCAAGUUCUGUAAAUACUGGGGGUAUCACAGAAAUCAUGGCAGAAGGAGGUGAAUUAGAGUUUGUCAAAAGAAUUAUUCAUGACAGUUUGCAGCUGAAGAAAAGACUGAGAUGGUAUAGCUGCAUGCUUGGGAAGAAAUGCAGCCUGGCUCCAUUGAAGGAAGAGCUUCGGAUACAAGGGGUCCCAAAAGUCACCCACACGGAAUUCUGUCAGGGGCGCACCAUGAGGUGGGCCUUGGCUUGGAGCUUUUACGAUGAUGUGACGGUGCCCUCACCUCCAUCUAAAAGAAGGAAACUAGAAAAGCCCAGGAAGCCCAUUACAUUUGUAGUAUUAGCAGCCACAAUGAAAGAGUUAUCCCUCAAAGCUUCUGCUGUGGGCUCGGAGACUGUGGAAGGCAUAGCAGUUAUUACAACAUGGCUUGAAAAAAUCCUCACUGAUCUGAAGGUCCAGCAUAAACGGGUUCCCUGUGGAAAAGAGGAAGUUAGUCUAUUCUUAACAGCCAUAGAAAACUCUUGGGUUCAUUUAAGGAGAAAGAAAAGAGACAGAGUGAGGCAGUUGAGAGAAGUUCCUCGAGCCUCUGAAGACUUCAUUCAAGCUAUGGAAGAGGAGAAACCUCUGCCCAAAGAGAUUGAAAAUAACCCAGGGUGGGCCAAGCGCUCUGAUGAGAGCUCCCCAUCCAGGCCUACCAUAUGUGGAGCUGAAACAGCUGUUCCUGAAAGUCACCACCCAGACAAUAGCCAAGAGCCAAUGGAGGAAGAAGGGACUGAGAAAAAAGGAAGGACAGCGGUUUUAGAAAGUGUCAGGGGUUCGUUCUCUACCGCAUUGGAGGUAGAUGCUCCUGAAGAAGUUGCCAGUACAGUGGCUGAAAGAGAGAAAAAUUCUCAAGGGGCUUCAGGACAUUAUCUGUUUAAGUGUUUAAUAAAUGUCAAGAAGGAGGCAAACGAGGAUACAGUGGUAGAGAUGCAUUGGGUUGAGGGCCAGAAUAGGGACUUAAUGAACCAGCUCUGCACGUAUUUACGCAACCAGAUUUUCAGGCUUGUUGCUAGUUAGCCACAAACAAAUUCCUGGCACAGCUGCUACAGUCAGAUGUAGGGCAGCUUGCUUUUUAGAAUUCUUUUUACUAAUUUAGGGGGGAAAACAAUGACACUGGCACGAGUUUUUUUUUUUUUUUUUUUUUUUUAAAGACAAUUCUAGUGAGUCCACUGGAAUGGUAAUUUUUGUUUGUUUAGAUGCAGGGAAUCGCUGUGAAGUGACACCAGAAGAAAUGUCUUGGAUGUUAGGAACAAUAAAAAACUACCAGAAGGCUGGGACUGUGGACAGAUUUAAAUCUGGUUUUCUUGGUGUGAGACUGGCUCUCCAAGCCAUCGGAUUAUUUGUGUAGCAUCCGAGAUUGAGGCAGCUUGAGAGAGAGAAGGUACUUUAGCCUUCAGGGAUACAUGCUCAGUCCCUCAGGUCUUCUCUAAAGGCUAUUACUUUAGAAAGACAAGUGGUUUCAUUACGUCCACUCCAAAGACAGAUCAAUUUAGCAGGCUCAAGGGUGUCUUCAUGAGUCAUCAAGACUGAACUUGCUCACUUGUGUUCUCUUCUGAUUGACCCUUCCACCCAACUGGAUCCUGACCUUAGGGGUCUGAUGGUGAGUCAAGGCUAGGUGGAACACAGGAGCAAAGGGGUUCAAUUCAUCCUCAGAAAGAUAUUCUUCAUUUUGGGUUUUCUUGAUUAGAAAUUGGCAGGAAGCAUGUACUUAAUGAGCAAAAGAAGAAAGGCUCUUGAUGCUCUGGCUCCAAAACCUAAGAGUAAACUCCAUUUUAAGUCUAGAGACCCUUUCCUCUAAAUUGUAUACAGUGUUAUUCUUUUGCAACAUUAAUUUCACACAAUUUUGGAAUCAUUCACAAAUAUCAACCAACUUUCAUUUGGUGUAUGUGUAUACACACACAAACACACAGAAUAUUCAAAAAUGAAAAGGGUCGAUCCUGUUUCUUGUUUCACAGGGGACUGCUUGUAAUUGAUUUGAAGUUGUCAGAAACUAAGAGUACACGUUUGUUGUCAAAGUAUUCUGUGAGUAUUGGUAUUGGUCUAAAUCCACAGAGUUCAUUUGUUGACAGGUAAACUGAUGCUAAUUGAACAUUGUGAUCAAAAGAGUCAACUCAACCUCACAUUUUUUUACUGGCAGUAGAAUUUUGAUUCCUAGUUUAACCACCUUCUCAAAACAAGUGUUCAAGGAAGAAUGCUUUGGGUUCAGUUAGGGUUGGGAAAGCUAGGGUUUUGUUUUUAAGUACCAUGUGCCAGUUAGCACCGGGACUUCCCUUUUUCAAGACCAGCUCUAAAUGUACUAGGCUGCAUUGUUCCAAUUCUGAGGUUUUAUCUAUCUAGAUACACACACACACACACACACACACACACAUAUGUAUCAUCACUCCCUCUUCCUCUAAGAAAAAGAGCACAAUCACUGAACUUUUUAGAGUAAAGUCAAGGGAAUGUCACUCUGAGCACACAUGGGGUGUCUAUGAGCUUCUUUUGCCCAGCACUGUUGGUUAAUUGUUACAAACAUGUACUCGUGACUUCAUAUCUUAGGAUGGACCUCAGAGGGCCCUCUCUUUAGUCUGCUCACUCCCCUCCUUCCCUAGUACCCUCCAUUGUACAAAUAAGAAAACAGUAUCAGAACCAUGGAGUGAUUUCAGAGCAGUACUAGGGCUAAACCCAUAUUUCCUGACUUUAGGAUAUAAUUCCUUGUGUUUGCAGUACUCAUAUUAAAUGACAGCUGUUCAUAUUUAAAACAGAAAACAGUGUUUGCUAUUUUUGUUAUAGAAGAAAGGGAACAAGCAUUUAUAGAGUACCUACUAUGUGCCAAGAAACUUGGCUCAGUGCUUUUUACAAUUAUCUCAUUUAAUCCUCCCGAACCACUCUGUUGAAGUAGAUAAUUAUGUUCCCCAUUUUUCAGUUAAAGAGGCAGAGAAGUGACUUGACUAGGGUCACACAGCUAGUAAAUCUUUGAGUUAGAGUUGAACUUGAUUUUCCUGACUGAAGGCUCAGAUUCUAACUACUGCACCAUCAACUCCCUCUGGAGGGUAGGUUAUUAGCAGGGAAAAGAAUUUUGUUUUUCCCUUGAGGAGACAGAGGGCUGAAAAUAAACCAGUACCCUAAUGUGUGGCAGAACUUGGUCUGCGGCUCCUAAUCCAGGGGCCUGGUAUCAUUGUGGGUGGUUCCUAGACUGUUCCAGGUUCUGUGUAAGGAUGUAUCUAAACUUCUCCCUUAACAGGCUUUUGAAAUGAAACCAGAAUUACACUUCCAUUUAAAAUCAUGUGGAAGCAAGGUGCAGCUUUUUUGUAUUUGAACCCUUCUUGAUUUUAAAUGCUUCCUUGGGAAAGAACAGACUACUUUUUGGCUCAGAGAAGUUGGUAUUAUUUCCCUAUUUAUAGAACACUGAAAUUUAUAAAACAACUAGUUAGGUUUUUUAAAAUGUUUUUGCCUAAGCACAUAUCUUCCACUUGGGCCAGAGGGAGGUAUGAGGAUGAAUAUGUCUUCUUUUAAGAAGAAAUUUUUUAGAUUUUUGUUCCAAAGCAAAUGAUUUGUUAAACUCAUAAGAUCAGCACAAGGCUGACUAUUAAGUCUGAAUGUACAGGCCUUUCUGAAGAAAGGUCUAUGUGUGUGGUGGCAUUCUUUAGCAGGCUUGCCUAGAUAUGCCCUGGUGCUGGUUCUCCUUUGUUUGGUAAUUGUCCGAGAGAGGGAAGGUGAGCUUGCUUUUUACCAUAGCUGCCGUUGUUCUCUACAGACAUAUGUGCUUUCAGAACUUCCUCCCCCUUUUCCUGUCUCAUCAGCCUCUUAUAUGGAACUGUUUCCCAGUUUGUUCUUGAAACGUGUCUCACAUUCUUGCCAAUUUCUCUGUCCGUGGCAUUGUUUGCUGUUCUUGUCUGAUUCAACCCCGCUAUCUUGCCCUUUUUAAUUUUGACAUGUGUUUGAUCACAGGUACUGUAGUCUCUUGCCCCUUAUGUACAUUCAUCAGGAAUGAAUAGAAUUGAGUUUGAAAAUUUUUUGAUUAACGUUAAUAUUGAAGCUGACUUGAAUGUAAAUUGUUCAGGAACAAAUGGGUUUGAUCUCCCUUCUAUUUUAAUCCCCCAGGUGACUUCCCUUAGUGUGCUUACUCUUCUAGGGAUACAGCCAGAAUUGUACAAUUGCUCCAGGCUUAUUUCUAAUUGAGAAGGUGUUGGUAGGGUCCAUGAUCCUUUCCUUGCAGGCUACUGAGUCAUUACUCUCUCUGACAUGGGUUUUGCCUAAUAAGGUGAUAAUGCUCUCGAAGAUCUUUGGAAUAGGUCUAAUAUAGUCUAAGACUGUAGGCUGCUUUUGAAAGAGAGAAAAGUGCUGAUGUCACUUGGCUUCAUUGAACCCAGAUCUGUGGUCAGCCCCCUGGCCGUUUCUGUUAGUGGUAUUUUGAAGAAAUAGGCCAAGUAUAAAGAUGCUGUUAACGUGGCAUCCUUGACUCACUUUCUUAGAACCCUUUCUGCCUUCAGUUCAUAUUUAAUGUUAAGUGAAGUUGGUUCCAUAACUAAAAACAUCCAGUCUCGAACACUGUUGGAGUAUAAUAACCUCAUUUAAUAGCAAUUGCAAGGGCGGUAUUCAGUACUGUGAUGCAGCAGCUUUGAGAGCAAAUAGUUUAUGUUAGUGGGUCAGAAACCUUUCCAAAGAUCUGUGUCACAGCACCGCGGUGGGCAGACCCUGCAAGCCCGUGAUGACUUAGGUUUUAGUCUGGCAUAACCUGGUUUGAAAGUUGUACAGAGAUUUCCAGGUAGUAUAGGAAAAUGUCAGAUGAAAGAGCUAGCCAUGGUGACAUCACUUGAGCAGUACUUAAGCAGCUGGAAACUAGGUGUGCCAACUUGCAUAGAUGUUUGGAAAGAUCUCCCUGUUGAAUCUGAAACCCAAGAUACCCGCUUUUGCGUUACUGACAUUAGAACUCUUUAAAAAUAUGUUCUCUUUCUGUACUUGUACAGGCAGUCUGAAGCCCAACAUUCUUCACCUUCUGGGUCUUGGCUGGCACUUCUAGGGGUAUAUAUCGCGAGACAUACGCUUUGGCCUUGGGAAUGACAUCUUGGGAUGUCAUGUUCCACAUUUGCCUCAUGGAAUGGGAGGAUUUCCCAGCAGGAUGUUAAGAUUGUCUAGAGCUCAUGUCGCUUACCUUCACGUGGCCAAGAGCAUGUUUGAUCCUUCACAUAGGGCUUGAAAUAUAAAUGUGGGAAGCACGGAUGACAUGUUCCUGUUUGAAAUUGGUUAGGAUGCAAAUCUACUCUUAGUACAUAAUGCUUUAAUAUGGGCUUGCUUUUAAACACCAACCACUUCUGGCUUGUAAAAGACUGUUAUUUUGGAAACAGAAGCCAGCUGCUUAUGCAGACUAGGCUCCAGAGUUCCAGAGUGGCUGCAUAGUACGUGUGUUGAAAUUGUUCAUUAUCUUAUUUAAGGACUUGCAUUGUACUUGACACAAAGCAGUAUAUAGCAUUCCCCAUCAUGGCCACAAGGGGGCAUUUGUGGCUUUUUUUUCUUCCAGAGUACUUGCCUCCUUAUGGGGAAGAAUGGUUUAGACCUUGGUGUUUUUUCGGAAAGAACUUUAUAUUUUAAUGGCUUACAUAGUAAAAAUUAGCUUUCCAGAUAAGUCAUUUCCUCAACUGUCAUCAAGAACUGCGAAGUUCUUAAUUUUUGUUAUUAAUUAGCCUUUAAGAAAUUUUUUAAAGCGAGGAGGGCGUCACCACACAGUGAAUGGAUACAUACUUUCAGAUCUGACUAGAAAUUUGAAAAUCUCCAAGAAAGAGAUGAUUUCAAAUAUUCUCUGUUCAGGUUUUUUAAACCUGUUUGUUUUCCUUUUUCCUGUUUAGACCAAGACUGCCUAUUGGGUGGUGAGGCUGCCAUCACCUUUUGUCCCUGAAGCUCCUCCUUUGGGAUGUGUAUUACAGUUCUGUCCCAGGUCAGGACCUCAUGCUGGCACUGAGCUCAGCCUCUGCCUUGUGGCUUUAGCAGAAGGAAGGAACCAAGUAUUGAAGUUGUCGGGCAGUCUUUCACCAGGGAAGACCUGCUAGGCUGGGAAGCUGCGGCCUUGCUUCAGUACCCUUCAAGGCAGUGGACCUUGGAAAAGAUGUGGCUGAAUUUGAAAAAGGCUGCUAGACAUCUAGGUAUUAACUGAAAGGUAAUUUCUGCCCCCUUAGACUGCAAAUGACCAGUAUACAAGCUACUGUGGAAGCUCCAAAGGCAGUGACCAUGUUCUGUUAUAGGGCCUGCAUUUUUAGGAAACAUCUAAACAGGUGUGACUGAGAGACAGGUGAGGACCCAAAGAGAGCAUGGGAGUUGCCUUGAGGUGUUUGAAGGGCUGUAAUGAAGGACAUUUGGCUUGCUGUGUUUUGCCCUCAGGGGCAGAACUGGGAGGACGGGCAGGUGUAGGUGGAGGCUGGAUGGAAAUAAAAUUUUUCAUUGAGCCUUGAGUCUUUAAGCUAAGAGAAAGGGCCAAGAUGUCCCCCAGCUUUGAGGUCUUUGAAGAAUAAGACCACAUUGAGGCCAUUUGUUGGAAAAGAGGGUCUAUGUGCCCUCUGGAAGUCUUUGGCACAUCUUUGAUUCUGUAAAUACUUGUGCUUCCAGAAAUAGCAUAAGGGCACAAGUGGUUGGGAGCUUAGUUCCUGAUUUCUUUGUACCUCUUUAGCUACAUGAGUAAUUGCCAUCUUGGUUUCAGGAACUCCAUGUCACUAAAGAGCUUUCUGAGGACCCUUUACCUCCAGUUCUGCAAAUUCACUUCACAACAUACUGUGGAACUCUAAAGGCUGAGCCUCUCAGGGUGCUUUGCUAUGACUCAUCCAACUGACUAAAACAGCAAUUUAUUUAUUUAAUUGGUAAUUGGAGCAGCCAGUGCUACAUUUAGUAGGCUUGCACUUGUACUUUGGAGGAAGCAUGUUUUGACUGUGGUGAAGACAGUGUAUCUCACAGCAGUCUCUGGGAUGUAGAUUCUUGGUCUAAUCAGAAACUCCAGCCUUCUGUGACUAGGAUUUGUUAGUAGUUUCUGUUCACAUUAGCUGGUGUAUGUUAACAUGCCAGGAUUGGAUUGUUUGUAGUUUUGAUGAGGAAAGAUGUUUUAGUAAUCCAAGACAAUAGAAUGGUGAAUUUGGGUCCAUUAGAUAUGGGUUGGGUUGGGGAAGUAGGAUAGAGUUCUUGUUAAUGCAAGGAUCCUAAGCUGAAAGAUCUUGAAUGUGUGAUGUCAUAUUUUUAUCCCCAAAUAGAGCUAAAAUUCACAUUUUAUUGGGGAGCCUUGACCUCUGUGAAGAACACACUUUUCCCCAUCCUUACCUCUAACACAGUCUCCUAAAUCCUACUAACCUAUCCCAUGGAGAAGGCACUUUAAUUAAUGUUGAUGGGGAAGAGAGAACACUUCUUACUAUCAUUUGAUAAUUAGGCACUUGAGGUAACAUUUCUUCCACCUCUCUAUGAUCAAUGACUAAAGAUUAGGGUAAGAGAAAGAUUAAUAGUUUUAAAUUCAUACUACCAAAUCUUUUUAUCUGGCAGUAUUUUUAACUCAGAUAAUUAAGGGUCAUAACAAAAGUGUCUUGUAAAAGUACCUUUUGGAUCAGAGAACGUGAAAUAACUGUUGAUUUCCUGAGGACAACUUGGCAACAUGGAACUGGGUUAUAGUGGACCUGAUGCUGGGUUUUCUUUCUUCUGUGUCUGUCAGUAGCACAUAUCUCAAACAGACUAAUUUGUUUUUUGAGAUUGUUCUUUGGGAGGCGAUUUACAGACGCUCUCUCAAUAUCUCUGGCAGCUGUUCAAAGAAUAUUGUGUCCUCUCGUGUAGAUUUUCCUGGUACAGAUGUCAGCUGUCACUGUGUGCAGAAGCUAGUGAUGGAGCCAGGCAGGCAGGGUGCUCAGCCCUAACAUCCUCCCUUGGUAGAGGUCUUCCUUCAGGUAUUCCACCAGAGCAUUACAAGCCAAGUUGAGGCAGAAGGCUUGCAGACCCAAUUUUUCCCUGUUUUGAAAGGGUCUGUGUUCUUGAAAUGUGAGUUAAAGGGAGCAGGGUGCCAAGCCUGAAGUGUGGAAGAACACCCUACCCUGGAGUCCUGGCAGUAGCCUGAAGCUCCUUGCAGAGUGAGCCUGGCCUUCAGUUUGGUAAGAUUUGGCCACGCUCUUAAUAGGUCUCAAAAUGUCUUGCCUGCCAUAUCCUGUCCUGACCUUAUCUUGGGGGAGCAGAUCUUUUCCCUUUCUGGGGAGCCAGCAGUGUUUUCUAGCCCAAGUAGGAGGAGGAGAGUUUGGAUGUGUAAGCUGUGGGAAGUUGGGCCUUCUCUAGAAAAACCUGACUUCCCUAUGAAGGCCAGACCAUUCUGCUGGGGGGGUGGGGGUGGAGAGAAAUGGAAGAUGUCUGUUGAAUGGGAGACAGAAGCUGCUGUUUCUUAAAUGUUGCUUAAGAAGAGAGAGUUCCCCACUGUGGGGGAUACUUACCCAGAGAGUGCUGGAAGCCACAGGCUAGCCCCCAAUUAGAAAUGCAGAGGCAUUGUGGUUUGCACUGGAAGUCAGCUCCCUGUCUGGUACCUUCCCGGCUUAGAGGUGCAGGAGAGGCCUUGCUCCAGAAUGGCAGGGGAGAAGGAUGCUAUGGCACAGGCAGCCACGGGUACCAUGUGAGGAACAAUUCUGGAGCAAGUUUAGAGGUUGUGGAUGACUAAGGAGAUGGAGGGAUCUUGUCAGAAGCAAAGCCAGAACUGAAUGCAGGGUGAAAGAUCACAUUGCCCUCUUAGCAAGUCAUGGAAAUCAUCAGGAGAGGCUGCCUUAUGGAUCAUGGGGCCAGUUAAGCUCUGCUCAGCUUCCCAGCUGAAACCUUUGUCCUGCUAACUGGGAGCUAGGGCACAGUUUGUUACAGAGUCUGGAAGGCAAAAGGAGAAAUUAGAUUUUUGUACCACCUGGAAGCCACGCAGAAGCCCUGUCCUAGAGGAUAGAGAGUGCUCGGAACACUUGUUUUAGUAUUGUGCUGUCAGGGAGUUGGGCCCCUUAGAGGAAGGAGUUCUGCAUUUCAGUCACAUGGGUGGUAUUUGAUGAGUUGGGGGCUUGCUCUUCCCUGAACUGUCCCUGGGUCGGUUCUUCCCAUGGCCUGGCAUUGCUGUGGGUCCCCGGUGUCCCCUUUGGCCUCUGCUGGAUUCAGACUCCCAGAGGAUGUGGUUGCCUUUCCUAGACAGCCUGAGGUCUUGGCACAGAUAACAAUGCCAUUUUGGGAGGUGGUGUCACUGCUGCAGAAAGGGAGUGCAGGCUCAGACAGGACAGCCCAGACACUGGCCUUGGCGCUUUCUUAGCCUCCAGAGUAUCGGCUUGCUUCUCUAGGACCUGGAAAGCCCCUCCUCUUUUUUGUGCCUCUAUUUCUGUCUGUUCUUGCUCCUUUACUUCAUUACCUUUUCCCUUUGCCUUUUGACCCCAAUCCUUGUUAGUCAUCCCCACUUCAUUCCCCAGAUUCCCAGGCUGCUUUUUCACCCACUGCCCCACUUGGCCUCAUGGUCAGAUGUCUUGGCCCCUCCCUACUCUGUACCUUGGACCUGAGUUUCUUGCUCAGCAUUCAGAGCCAGGGUAGUGUCCUUGGUAGAAAUCUCUCCAGGGACUGCCUGUCAGUUUACAAUUUCUAGAACUGGAGGUGUUUCUGAAGUGCUGUGGGAAGGAAGAACUCAAAGGGUCAUCAGCUGGAUGACCUUUUUGUCAUUUGUGGAUUUGAUAUAAUUCCUUCCCUGGAAAUUCUGGGGUCAGGGAUUGGGUUCUAGUUCAGCUAUUGCCAUUGACCAGCUCUACAGGAAAUCUUUGAACUUUUUGAGACUUCAGUUUCUUCAUGUAGAAAUAGAAUUAGACUCCCCCUUUUCAUUUCCAACAUUCAUUGAAGAGGGAGUAUCAGUAACAUGAGAUGGGCAAUUGAAAAGUAAAAUUGCUUCUGGAGGUUGGAAUGAUGUGCCUGGACCCUUUGCUUGAACCUACUACAUCAUAUUGGCCAUGGCUAUUUAGGCUCAGCCAGUAGGGAAUGGGCAAGAAUUAGAAAACAGAUUCCCCUUUUAUUUUCUGCCUCCCUACUAGUGCCCUCUCUUCUCAUCUGGAGAGAAGGGAAGUGUUGGGAAGCUGGGUACUGCCUUAUCAGAACAGAGAAAACUUUAGACAGAGCAGCUGAGGCUCCAGGGGGAAAAUGGAUGAGGGAUUAACACCGUGGAGAGGUCAUGUUGGCAAGGAGUCAAGUGAGUGACCUUUGAUUGGAAUUGGAGCAAAUCAUUUGUUUGGGGUACAAUAUAAGGGUUUGCCCAAUUGUUCUCUUACCUCUUGUUGUUUUCCCUUCCUACAUUAAAUUCUCCUUGGUGAUUCAGGCAUAGGGAGGGAAGGAGUUUCAUAAAAGCAUUUGGAAAAAUUGAGACAUCCUAGCCGAUAUUAUUAAUCUGUUUUCUAAUCAAAUAUGAUAUGUAAUCUUACAUAAGUAUCUUCAGGCUUCAGUGUCCCUCUCCAUCCAUUGAACCUCCUUCGUUCUUUUUUUAGUUCCUUCCAACCCAAGGGAGUUUUUAGGAAUGGUAUCAAGUAUUGGGAAUUUUUUAGAAUAAAAUUUGAACUCUGGAAUGUAAAGGUGCAGCCUCGGACAUAAACAUGUCCCUAAUUUCGUGUGUGCCAGUUAUACAUCUCUGAUAUCUUGGAACCUCAGCAGGUUGCACAUUUGAGUUUUAAAUAAGGAAUUUGGGGUGUGAGGUAUGGGCCAAGCAUCUCACUCGGGUCAGGGGACCUCUGCCUUUUCUGAUGCAGCAGAACCAGUGGCAGGUCCCACACAGGAAGUGCAUGGAUGGCCCUUUUGUUUUCUGCUGAAAUGUCAGAUUGACCUCUUCCUCUUCUCCUUCCAGUAACUGCAACAGGGCCGAGUAAACACUGACUGCAUACUGCCUCAUGAGCCUGCUCUCUCCUCCACAGUGAGAGCAAAGAUGCUGCCCUGGGAGUAGGGGACCCCUUAGAUGCUUUUUGCAGGUCAGCAGCAGAUCUGAAACCUUACUAAACUCUCUUGCCUAAUGAUGCCAGGUUUAUUGUCCCCAUAUGACCCAAAUAAACAGAUGAUCAUGUGAACUCA